GCCGGGAGCGCGGCGCCGCCAACUUUCGGCCGCUCGGCGCGGCGUGGGGUCCCGGAGUCGGUCACAAAGUUGGGGAGCCGCAGCUUCGGAGCUGACGGUGACGCUGAGAGCGACAGUCGCCCAGUGACCGGGGCCUCCGAGCCGACCCUGAGCGGGUCUCGCUGAGUCACUGAGUUGCCCCAGCUGAGCUCCAACUCGCUACCUGCCUGCCUCAGCCUCCCAGAGUGCUGGGAUAACGGACAUAUGCUACCACGUGCAGCUAGAAAUUACCAAUUAAUGCCACAGUCACUGGACAAAGUGGAGCCUGCGCCCCAGAGUCCCGGAGACCUGGUGCCGCCUCGCCUCCCAGUGAAGAAGUCCAAACAACGCCCAGGGAUGGAGAGGAGCACGCCAGCAGCGCCGCGCUCAGGGCUCUUUCUCUGUUGGCCACACGCUGCGUGCGGAGGAAGAAAAGCAGCCGACCAGAGUGCGCUGAGCAGCGAAGAUAAUGAUGUGGACUUCGACAAGCUGGUGGAUGACAUGAAAGCAUCCCUGUACAUGGCCUCCAACAUGCAUUCGGACACCGUGCCGCUCCUGCAGAACGGCCAGCCGCACGCCUGCAGCCAGCCGCGUGCUCCCAGCCCGAAGCCUCUGCCGCCUCCGAUCCCCAGCCCAAGGCCUCUGCAGCCCACCCCGGCCCCCAUCCCUGUCCUGAGGCCUCUGCCUCCACCCACCCCUGUCCCGAGGUCUCUGCCACCUCUGCACCCUCCACCGCCACCCCCGAAGCCUCCGCAGCAGCCCCUGUCACCCCGGCUGUGGGUGCAGCGCUCCCAACCGGUGCACAUCCUCCCAGUCAGGCGCCUUCAGGAGGAGGACCAGCAGUUCCGAACCUCGUCCCUGCCGGCCAUCCCCAACCCGUUCCCCGAGCUUGGCAGGACUGCCAGCCCCCCUAACCCUCCUGUGCUCCCGCCGGGCUCCCUCCUUUCAAACCAUCCCCCCGCGAGGCAGAAUAUUAAGAUCUUUACCGAAGAUGGGUCUGGCAAAGUGAUCGAGAUCCUAACCGACAUGACGGCCAGGGACCUGUGCCAGCUGCUGGUGCACCGGAGUCACUGUGUGGAUGACCACAGCUGGACAAUAGUGGAGCACCACCCGCACCUGGGAUUAGAAAGGUGCUUGGAAGACCAUGAGCUGGUGGUGCAGGUGGAGGGCACCAUGGCAAGUGAGAGCAAAUUCUUGUUCAGGAAGUACUAUGCGAAGUACGAGUUCUUUAAGAAUCCGAUGAACUUCUUCCCAGACCAGAUGGUCACUUGGUGCCAGCAGUCCAACGGAGGUCAGACCCAGCUGUUACAGAACUUCCUGAAUGCCAAUAGCUGUCCUGAAAUCCAAGGCUACCUGUACGUGAAGGACCUGGGGAGGAAGUCGUGGAAGAGAAUGUACAUGUGCUUGCGGAGGUCGGGCCUCUACUUCUCCACCAAAGGGACCUCCAAGGAACCCAGGCACCUGCAGCUGCUGGCUGACCUGGAUGACAGCACCGUGUACUUCGUCAUCUCCGGGAAGAAGCAGUACAAUGCCCCCACGGACCACGGGAUCUGCAUCAAGCCGAACAAGGUCAAGAAUGAAACCAAGGAGCUGAGAAUGCUGUGUGCUGAGGACGAGCAGGGCCGUGCGUGCUGGAUGACGGCCUUCAGGCUCCUCAAGUACGGAAUGCUCCUCUACCAGAACUACUGCGUCCCUUUGGAGAGGAAAGCUGUGCUCACUCCCUUCUCCACACCGGUGCGCAGUGUCUCUGAGAACUCCCUGGUGGCGAUGGAUUUUUCUGGGCAGACCGGAAGAGUGAUAGAUAACCCGGCCGAAGCCCAGAGUGCCGCCCUGGAAGAGGGCCAUGCCUGGCGGAAGCGGAGUGCGCGCAUCAAUAUCGUGGGAAGCCAAAGUCCCCUUCACCCUUGUACCCUGAGCACAGUGAUUCACAGGACUCAGCACUGGUUCCACGGCAGGAUCACCAGGGAGGAAUCACACAGGAUCAUCAGGCAGCAGGGUCUUGUGGACGGGCUGUUUCUCCUCCGUGACAGUCAGAGUAACCCAAAGGCCUUUGUCCUCACACUGUGUCAUCACCAGAAGAUUAAAAAUUUCCAGAUCUUACCUUACGAGGAGGAGGGGCAGAUCUUCUUCACCCUGGACGACGGGAACACCAGGUUCUCCGACCUGAUCCAGCUGGUCGACUUCUACCAGCUCAACAAGGGUGUGCUGCCUUGCAGACUGAAACAUCACUGCAUCCGCGUGGCCUUAUGACCUCAGACGCCUGCCCGGCGACACCGCAGGAAGCCAACACUGGACGGAGGAGAGGAGGACCCCCCCACCCCACACCUCAGAACUUGCGCGGCGACACACAUUCAUGCAGUGCCAAUGACCAAGAGCGACUAGUUUGAGGGACUUCCCGGCGACUUGCUGGCUGUGGACCCCGAGGCCCCCCUGCACCCGGCUGGGCCAGGGAAGGCUCCAGGGGUCCCCUGCAAGCCCGGAAGAAACUGGAAUGAGCGUCUUGGCUGGGCCCCUUCGGAAGGAGAGGAGCGGAGGAAGCGGAAGCGAACUCUUGCCCUGGGAUAAUCUUGACAAUUAAAACUGCUAUGUUUACUUUUUGUAUCGAUCACUUUUGCACUCCUCAUGUUGUCGACAUUGUACUCAGCCUAUGGUAGGAGGGGUUGUGGCUAUUGGACGCGUGUGAGACAGAAAGCUUUUCUGAUUGGCAGACUUCAGGCUGGAAAGGGUCCCCGGAGGUCCCCAGGGAGUGGCCCACACCCCUGCAGGUUGUCACUGUGUGAAUUCGGCUCCCAAAUUGCAAACCACCCCCUGCCCUUCCCAGUAUACUUGAAAAGCUUUUUUUUUUGAUAAAAGGUGUCCGCUGUGGUCAGCACCCGGUCCUUUCCGUGGCACAGUCUCGCUGCCACGGUCUUGCUCGUUACCGUGUGCAGACGUCGGUCCUUUUGUCAUUUGGUGUCUAAUUCUUUGUGGCGCUGGAGACAUCACCAUGUUGGGAAAAUCGUGGUCCCCACACAGCCCAGCGCAGGACCUACUGCUAGCGGGUGCAGGCCCAGCCCCAUGUAUCCGUGGCCCCUGCAGUGAUCCUCAUCAUCUUGUGAGUAUCUCUUCAGGGGCUCAAGGAUCUGAAAAGAAACCGGCACCUGGUUGGCUAGGUGCUGCAUCCUGUGGGUUGCCGUGGUAACAAAGGCCCGGAAACAUGGCCCCAGGGCACAGGACCCGGCUGCCACUUAAAGGCCUCUGCUUUGCCGCCCCUGCGUCACAGCCAGCGGCUCCUCCUCCGCACGCUUUGGCUCAUGGGCGCCGAGCAUGGGUUGAGGACUCCAGGGAUCCUUUGUCGUGUCCCCUUAGCUGAGUCGCCAGGUAUAAGGGUGACUGACAGGACCCCUUGCACAAGCAGAUGACUACUGUGCCAGGCAGAUCUCUGUCCUUCCCCGAGGCCACUCCCGACCGGCUCCUGUGACAGCCAGCACUGGAUUGCCCAACUCCACCCCGACCUCCCCAGCCGCUCCUCCCCGUGCCCUCCUGGUGAUGGUGACGUGCGUAGUUCAGGACCGGUGACAGACCAGCCGCCAGUGAGUCUGGUGUAGAAACACUGUAUCUUAGUUUACAGCCCACACUCCAGUUAUGUCCGUGAAACGUCUACCUAUGCGAGUGAAGAAUUCUUUUUGCAAAACGUGCUUUUGACCAUCUGUACUCGAUGGCAUUUUCUUCCCUUCGCAGCCAGUUAACCAUCCCAACUGUUGACUCUGAGCUCAUCCUCAAGUCAGUGCCUGGUAGCGUUUGUACCUCCACCAGUCUGUGUGUGUUAGGGAUGGGGAUGUCACUGCUGCCAUUAUACCCUUUUUCACUGGAUGGAGGUAAAAUCUUUAAAAAACAACAAAAAAAAAAGCAAUUCUUGGAGAUUGUUUUUCUGUUUACGUAGACCAGUCUCCGCAGUGCAUAGCCUUUCACACCAACGCGCUAGACCGCCAGGACGUGCAGUAUUAGUCUUGAGUAUGCGUUUUAUUUACAAGGUGGAUGGUAGUUUGACUCUGAUUUAUGGCUUUGUGUGUAGGUGAUUGAUUUAGUCUUUUGUACCCCAGCCGAAGUGAUGUCCCACACCCCGUGCUUGCCUGGCCGCCUUGCACGGGUGGCCAGGGAUUCCCCGUGACAACAGCUUGUCCCUGGGGCUGUGGGCGUCCAGCCCCCUGGCAGGGACGGGCGGACAUUUGACUUUUAUUUUUGUAUUUUAUUGACAUGAAUGUAAAGGGGACAGCUCAGGGUUGUUUUGGAGCCUGUUGACUUUUGAAUCUCUGCCUGUGCUUUUUCUAAACGAAAACUCCAUGUAGCAACCUGGAUUAAGUUGAGAGAGAAAACGCCAAAUGUUAUGGGUGUUAGCGGCUCGUAGGGAAGCCCCGUCAAUAGGUGUUAGAAUUCCAGAACGUGUUUUUGUUCGCUAAACUUUGAAGAAACAUGUGCCUCAGCCUAGCUGUUUUGUCUUCUCCUUUCUGCACUCAACACCUGACCAUCUGACCGACCACUGGGCCUGCGUGGGGUGGACGAGCUCAUCGUAGAUUUGUGAUGUCGUAGUGCGAGCUACAGUGACCAUCAGUGGCCUGACAUGUUUUCAGGGAAUGCAGAAGGCGUUGAUUCUGAGACAAAACCUUUAAUCAUGUGCUUUGCUUCAUUCUGUACAUAGCUCUUUGGCUCGUGAACCUAAUCGUAAACUUUCAGGUAUUUUUGUACAAUUAAGGGACUGAUGUUUUGUUUCUUGUAAUUGGAAAUAAACAUGAAUACGGUGUUCUUCAUUUUC